UCUCCGCAUACUUCUUCACUGAAAUGUGUGUGUGUGUGAAAGAGAUAGGAACAAAAUGUGUGUGUGCGUGUGAGAGUGUAUGCCUUAAACAAGUAAAGACAGGGGAAUUACUCUGCACCAUCGAAAUAUUUCAACACAUCGCGUCUGCUGGAGGACUGAAGCCAGUGCGAGUGAAUACAUUUUAAAAGGAAUGUCGAUAUUGUAAACAACUCCGAGGAAAACAGAGUAGCUGCAAACUGCAAUAGAGUGACUCAACUCUCGAUUUAAUUCGAAAAUUGUCCACGAGACAGUCCAUUGAAGAACAUCACAUCAACGCACGUCAACCUUUGCAGACAAACACCGCCGAAGAUUAAUGGAUCAUUUUUCUUCUCAACUGUGGACAUUUUAGUGGAAUUCAGUUCACAUCAGUAAGGACAAAUUGUCAAAAAUCACUGGAUUCCUAUUUGCGCCAAAACCACUUUGGAUUUGAGAGAAAGACUUUUGAAGAAGCGAAAUCGUUCGCUGAUAACUAUUAUACAUAAGCGUUUAUUUCUAAUAUCACUACAUCUGGGAUCUGGACUUGAAUGAGCUUCCUGAUGAGAGAUCCAGUUAUUCAAGGAACAAGUAUGGCAUACCAUCCGUUUUUACCUCACCGGGGUCCGGAAUUUGCCAUGAGUGCAAUGUUGGGUCACCAACCUCCCUUUUUCCCGGCCCUGGCGCUACCUCCGAAUGGUUCCCUGUCUCUCCCGGGCGCCCUGGGAAAGCCAAUCAUGGACCAGUUGAUGGGCGCCGCCGAGACCGGCCUGCACUUCUCUUCGCUCGGGCACCAGGCUGCCGCAGCCCAUCUAAGGCCUCUCAAAACUCUGGAGCCUGAGGAAGAGGUAGAGGAUGAUCCGAAAGUUCACUUGGAGGCGAAAGAACUUUGGGAGCUCUUCCAUAAGAGAGGCACUGAAAUGGUUAUCACGAAGUCAGGAAGACGGAUGUUCCCCCCGUUCAAAGUGAGGUGCACUGGUUUGGACAAGAAAGCGAAGUACAUUUUGUUAAUGGAUAUUGUGGCGGCUGACGACUGCAGGUAUAAAUUUCAUAACUCGCGCUGGAUGGUGGCAGGCAAGGCUGACCCCGAAAUGCCAAAGAGGAUGUACAUUCACCCGGACAGUCCGGCCACUGGUGAACAGUGGAUGUCCAAAGUCGUCAAUUUUCAUAAGCUGAAGCUGACAAACAACAUCUCCGAUAAACAUGGCUUUCAUUGUUUCCUGUCGCAGACGAUUCUGAACUCCAUGCAUAAGUAUCAACCGAGGUUUCACAUUGUGAGAGCAAACGACAUACUGAAACUUCCGUACAGCACGUUCAGGACAUAUGUUUUCCCCGAAACUGACUUCAUUGCAGUUACUGCUUACCAAAACGACAAGAUAACACAAUUGAAAAUCGACCACAAUCCUUUUGCUAAAGGCUUUCGUGACACUGGCAAUGGAAGACGAGAAAAAAGGAAACAACUGGCCCUGCAGUCCAUGCGUUCCUAUGAGGAUCAACAGAAGAAAGAGAACGGGGCGUCAGACGAUUCUUCAAGCGAGCAGGCUCCGUUCAAGUGUUUUCGCCAGGCCUCUUCCCCCGCAGUGUCGACUGUGGGGCCACCAAAUCUAAAAGAUUUUUGUGACAGCGAUGAAGACAGCGACGACGAGAGCAAAGACGAACACUUGAAAGAAGGGCCAGACUCGAGUAAAAUCUCCACCACUACCGAGGAUGCAAAGGACCACGAAGUGAGCCCCUCUAAGGCUCGCUUCAUGGAUACCGAUUCCUCCUGCCGAUCCCGGGAAAGUGCUGUGAGAACAGAGAAAAGUCAAGCGGACUCCAGGCAGAGCCCCGUCACCGUCAUCUCCAGCACGACUCGAUCCGGAGAAGACCUCAAAAGUCCUACCCGUGACCACAGCAAAGCGGACGAGUGCAGCAGGUCUAUCGGCAAAGACAGCUACCUACCCUUGACUGUACAGACAGACAGCAGCGCACACUUAAGCCAGGGCCACUUGCACAACUUUGGAUUUCCACCGAGUCUGGCAGGACAGCAGUUUUUUAAUCAUUUGGGUGGCGCCCACCCUUUCCUCUUGCACCCCAGCCAGUUUAAUAUGGGGGGUGCGUUUUCGAAUAUGGCUGCAGGGAUGGGCCCUUUACUAGCAGCUGUAUCCUCCGGAGGGGUGAGUACCAUGGACACGGCGAGUAUGGCGUCACCCUCGCAAAGCCUGACGGGAGCCCCGGGACUGCCUUUUCAUCUGCAGCAACAUGUCUUGGCAUCACAGGGCCUUGCGAUGUCUCCAUUUGGAGGCCUGUUCCCUUACCCCUACACUUACAUGGCAGCCGCGGCCGCAGCCUCUUCUGCGGCUACUUCGUCAGUCCACCGCCAUCAGUUUCUGAACGCAGUGCGACCCCGGCUCAGAUACAGCCCUUACCCUAUUCCCAUGAGCGUUCCGGAUAGUAGCACUUUGCUCACUACCACCAUGCCCACGAUGGCAAGCAGCGCGAUGGAGAUGAAAGGAGAUGGGAUGGCCUCAAGCCCCGUGUCCGCGACCCUGGACUCGACCUCGGAGGUCACCAGCCGGUCCUCGACCAUAUCGUCUGGAUCGGUGUCACUGUCACCAAAAACUUGUUCCGAGAAAGAUUCCACCAACGAAUUGCAGAGCAUCCAACGCCUGGUCAGCGGACUCGACUCAAAACAAGACAGGUCUCGAAGCGUAUCCCCCUGAUUGUCUUGUGUGUCUUUGCUGAUGACCAGGAUGCUAUGAGAACGCUGACGCGGAUGAGUACGACAGCGAAUGCGGGUUUACAACACGGACAUAUUUAAAAGAAAAAAAAAGAAAGAAAAAAGUUUAGAUUUUAAAAUGCACUUUGGCAAAAAUAAGAAAAAAAAUACAAACAUCUAUGUAUAUUGCUCUUUUGUUAAAUUAAUCAGUAUCUUCGAUUUUUCUGUUUUUGAAUACCACACAAGUAUUGAAACUGAACGGUUGGAGAUGAUGUGACACAUAUACAUCGAUUAAGUUGCUGCUGUGUACUGUCUAUGUUCUAUGUCAAAUUUAGGAGGUAACGAAAGCGAGUUUUAUUUAAUAUGCACUCUGAAUUGGUUAUCAGUUGAGUUAUUAUCCCUUUAUCUUAUAAAGACUGCUGUGUUUGAUAUAUGAAUUAAAUAACUAUUUGAAUCUUAUAGUUAUUGUCGUAAAGAUGGGGAAGCUUUGCAUGCCCUAUACAGAAAACCGCCUAUGAUUGAUGACUACCAGUUAAUGCACCUCUAAGACGACCAAAUUAAGAUUACACUAUUAAAGUCAACUGUACACACAGGGGGUACACACUGCAAUUAAUAUGAAACAAAUAGAUGUACGUUUCUUUCCCACGUGCUAUUGACACUAUUGAAUUAAUUGAUUUGGAUGCGAUCAACGGUUAUAGGGCGGAAGUGAAUGUUUAUUAAUCAUUUUAGCCACAGAUGACUUACCCUGUUUGCCUAGGCAAAUUACAAAAGACAUAGGCCUAAGUAAUGACAUUAGUCGAAAGCAUGUGUGUUCUUAGGCAUCUGUCCUCACAUUGCUUACCGUGUCUAGCACUAAUUAAAAUUGGGAAAAGGGAAUCUGGAACAAUCGCAAGGAUAGCAAUGGCUAUACUGUAAAUAUACUGAUAUAUACAAAUAUUUAUGUAAUUAUUUCAUAUGGAUAUUGCGUGUAAAUAUAACGGAGUUGUUUGUUUUGGGGAAAAUGUCCUUAAUUUAUUGUUGAUAUACCUGUGUAAAAUAGUUUGUGAACUAUUAUCUUUGUUUAUGCCACCCACAUGUUUCAUCCUCUAUUUCAAAAUACGGAUUUAUCUGUUCCCGAACACAGAGCUUUUUUUCCCUCGCAGACACAACCAUGUGCCAUCGUUCCAUUCAUUGUUGUCUCUGUGUUGAAGUGCUACUAUUCAAACUGAUUAAAAGCGACAGCACACUGCACCAAUGGCUUGAAAAUAUUUAGAUAUUUCUUUAAUUGAAAGAAAAAAAACCUCUCGUCUGUGUGUUAAAAUGAAAAUGCUAAUUUUCCCAAUGUAUACUGCAGCCUAAAAGCAAAAGUGCCGCAUCUCAUUUAAGUAUGAAGGUUUGUUUUCAUUUGUUACAACAGUUCUCAUCGGGUUAUGUUGUAUUCGAUUUUUGUCUAGUUUACAACACCAACAAUGUUU